AUUAUGACGCCAUAGGGAAAGUUUUGCCCCUAACCCGCGCAAGGAGGAUUUAAAUUGUGACGUUAUUAUCGAAAGGGUGUUAUUCGUUCAAAAUAUUAGUUACUGACGUCUACCUUUAAAUUGCCAUUUUUGUAGCAAUUAUAACCACCGAUCUUAAAAGAUGUUCUUGGAAUUUUCUUCGUUGAUGAUAGCAUAUAUAUUAUGGUACUUGCUGAAAACGUAUUUCAGUCGUCGGAAAAUGCCACCCGGGCCUUUUCCAUUGCCUAUUAUUGGUAAUAUUCACCAAACUGGAUCCAAUCCUCCGUUCUCGAUGGAGAAACUGCGUGAAGAAUAUGGCGACAUCUAUACAGUAACAUUUCCUAUUGGAACAUUUGUGAUUGUAAACAACGGACAACUUGCUCGUGAGUUGAUGUCAAAAGAUGAUUUUGCCUGCAGACCAGGGGCCACGACAUUUCCUUCAUUAGAAGUGUUUGAAGGAAAGAAUAUCGUUUACUCUGAUUUGGGACCAAACUACAUAUUCAGAAGAAAAAUUGUCACCUCAGCUUUACAUGUUUUUGGCGAGGGAGUGCAACUGGCAGAAGAACGUGUCAACUUCGAAAUUCAAGAACUUUUGGACCGUUUACAUUCGACUAAUGGAGAAGCAUUUUGUAUCCGAGAGCAACUAUCGAUGACCAUGAUUAAUGUGAUUAUAGAAUGGCUGUUUACCAAGCGAUACGAGUUCGGUCAUCCAAAGUUAGCAAUGCUUGCUGAUUUAGACGACAAAAUGAUGACCUUAUUCCGUCAAGGUAGUUUUUAUCAAAUCUUCCCGUUUCUCAAAUAUUUACCCAAUACUGACGUCGCAGUUUGCCUGGAAGACGUAAUUAAGAUACGAGACGAGUUCUUAGCAAAGGAGUUAAAAGAGCACUACAAAACACGUCAAGACGACGUCAUUCGAGACAUAACGGACGCCUUAUUAGCUGCGUUUGAGAAGGAAAAAUUAAAAAGUGCAAAUAAGGAUAUUGGUUCCUACGAAGAUAUUAAAUAUUUACUUGUUGAUAUAGCUAUAGGUGCAACGGGUACUAUAACAUCGACUUUAACAUGGAUGAUUAUAUUUUUGGUCUUAAAUCAAGAUGUUCAGAAGAAGCUUCACCAACAACUAGAUGAUGUAAUAGGUAAAAGUAGAUUACCAUGCUGGAAAGAUGCUGAAGACCUUCCAUAUUUGUUCGCCACCAUCUGUGAAACAAUGCGCUAUUCCGUCUUCAUUCCCUGUCUUCCUCGUAGAGCAAACAAAGAUACAGUCAUUCAAGGCUACCAUAUCCCAAAGGACACUGGGGUUCUAAUCAACCUGUGGCAGAUUCAAACCAAUUCAAAAGAUUGGGAAGACCCCGAGUUAUUCAAACCGGAACGGUUUCUUGAUGGUGGUGGUAAGUUUCUCGGUUGGAAUACGGUUAGUAAUUUUAUUCCGUUCGGGGCAGGACGUCGGGUGUGUCUUGGGCAGGCAUUGGGAAAGAUGGAUACAUUUGCGGCUGCUUCAAGAAUGUUGCAUCAAUUUCGUUUUGAUGUUCCUUUGGAGAAUCAAAACCAACACGUGAGGGUGUUACUGGAUUGAUACGAUUUCCAAAACACACUAAGAUCUCGGCUUACCCUCGUGCAUAAUUAUGACUGUAGCAUAUAUAUUGAUCAUCAAUUAAGGUAAAUAGAAAUAUUCACAUGCGCAUGCAUGCAUGUAAACAAACAUACAGAGGUUGCAAAAACUUGCAAAUAAGGUCUUUUUUUCAUAGUCUUAGAGAAGAAUAACAGAAUUACAGAAUAUUAAGCCCAAAUCAAAUCAAAAUCGGGGUUUGCAUCAGAAUUUGAUCCGCAACUCACUCAGAAAACGAGUAAAGUAAGACUUGCGAUGGGCUUGCGUUCUCGUUUGAUCCAGA